UUGCGAAACGUUGCUCCAACAUAUUUCCACUGCUUCGAGCUGGAGGGGGAGGGGAAGACCUACAGGAACUGCAGUUCGAGAGUGAGGAAGGCAGGGUGAUCGCUCGCGGCUACUCGCUUCCAAUUCGGAUUAGAAGCUGAGAAGACGCUGGAGCGGCGAGAAGAAAACGGCACCGAGUCGCCCAGAGCGUGAGCGAAGGUCUGGAGCCGGAGAGAAGGGGAAGGAAGAGACGCACAGACAGAGCAUGUAUUACCUGGUUUAUUUCGAGAUUGUUUGGUAUUGUUUUCUCUCUGAGCACCCGUUAUUUCGGAAGGCCAUCAUAGGCACCCACCACUGAGCCGCCCUCGCCCGCCGCCACCGCCGCGCCUGGAGUCCCAGGCCCGGCUUCCCGGCGGCGCCCGAGCUCCGAGCUCGCCGCCGACCGAGCCGCAGGAAUCGAGUAAGUAACCCCCGUUUGGCCCCGCGCUCGCCAGCCCACUUCCUCCUCUUCUCUUCGCUUCCAAACCUCUCCCGGGCCCUCCUCCCUCAAGGUUUAGGACACCACCCCCACCCCCACCCCGCUCCGCGCCCGAGGUGGGCCUUUCCUCCCCGACCUUCCGAAGCCUCGUAGGAGCUUUACCUACGGCACGCACGGCUUUCCUACGGGCUCAGAAAUGCCGGACCCGGGCCUGCAAGGCCGACCCCGCCGAGUAGUGCCUCGCCUCUUCCUCCUCCAUUUCCUGCCCUCUCCCACCCACUUCUUCUCUCCGCCGCCGCCGCCACCACCGCCCCCGCUUUUAAAAAUAAAAUUGGAUACAAACUUUAAUCAAUAAGGACAAAUAUUGACGCUCAAACGAGACUGACUCAAUACUGUGAGAAAGAAGCCGAAAAUGGGAGAGAUCUACCCUAAGAGGGAGACUUCGGUUGAGCAGACCGGCGGGGUGGCAGGGGUGGAGUGGAGGUAGUCGGGGGUGGGGGUGGGGGUGGGGGGGCGCAGAGAAGGGCCGCGGCGCAGCGUGCUCCCGCCGGAGUAUCCCUACGCGGCUCCGCGCGGCCGCGAGGCCCAGAGCCCGCGGAGAGGGGGGAGGCGAGCGCCCGAGGGGGCGGGAGCCGGCGGGCAGGCGGGCGGGCGGGCGGGCGGACGGGCGGGGCGGGGGUGGGUGGGCCCGGGCCCGCCGAUUGGUCGACGGCGGGAGAGACGCUCCCGCACGCCGCCGGCUCUGAUUGGCCCAGCGGUAGGAAAGGUUAAACCAAAAAUUUUUUUACAGCCCUAGUGUGCGCCUGUAGCUCGGAAAAUUAAUUGUGGCUAUAGCCGCCGCGAUCGCUGUCUCCCCAGCCUCGCCGCGGCCGCUCCGGGACGCGCCCGCCCGCCGCCCGGCUCUCCCCCCCUUUGGGCUGCUGCUGCUGCUGCUGCUGUGACUGCUGCUGCGAGAGGAGGAGGAGGAGGAAGCAGCGGGGGGGGGGGAGCGGGGGGGUGGGGGGGAGACCGAGAAGCAGAGUUGGGAGCUAGGGAGCUUCACCCCCGGGGCGGUGGUGGUUUCUUUUUUUUUUUUUUUCCCUCUUUCUUUCUUUUUUUCUUUUCUUUUUUUUUUUCUUCUAAUUCCUGAGGGGUGGUUGCUGCUUUUGCUACAUGACUUGCCAGCGCCGGAGCCUGCGGUCCAACUGCGCUGCUGCCGAAGCGCUCAGUGCCGCCGCCGCCGCCCGCGCCGCCCGCGCCCCGCUCGGCACCCACCGGUCGCCGCCGCCCGCUGCGCCGCUGCCCGGCUCCCGCGCCGCCGCCGCCGCCGCCGCCGUUUCCCCCCGACGACUGGGUGAUGCUGGACAUGGGAGAUAGGAAAGAGGUGAAAAUGAUCCCCAAGUCCUCGUUCAGCAUCAACAGCCUGGUGCCGGAGGCGGUCCAGAACGACAACCACCACGCGAGCCACGGCCACCACAACAGCCACCACCCCCAGCAUCACCAUCACCACCACCACCACCAUCACCACCCGCCGCCGCCCGCCCCGCAACCGCCACCGCAGCAGCAGCCGCCGCCGCCGCCGCCUCCGCCGCCCCAGGCCCCGCAGCCGCCCCAGGCGCGGGGCGCCCCGGCCGCCGACGACGACAAGGGCCCGCAGCAGCUGCUGCUCCCGCCGCCGCCGCCGCCGCCGCCGCCGCCCCCGGCCGCCGCCCUGGACGGGGCCAAAGCGGACGGUCUGGGCGGCAAGGGCGAGCCGGGCGGCGGCCCUGGGGAGCUGGCGCCCGUCGGGCCGGACGAGAAGGAGAAGGGCGCCGGCGCCGGGGGGGAGGAGAAGAAGGGGGCGGGCGAGGGCGGCAAGGACGGGGAGGGGGGCAAGGAGGGCGAGAAGAAGAACGGCAAGUAUGAGAAGCCGCCGUUCAGCUACAACGCGCUCAUCAUGAUGGCCAUCCGGCAGAGCCCGGAGAAGCGGCUGACGCUCAACGGCAUCUACGAGUUCAUCAUGAAGAACUUCCCCUACUACCGCGAGAACAAGCAGGGCUGGCAGAACUCCAUCCGCCACAACCUGUCCCUCAACAAGUGCUUCGUGAAGGUGCCGCGUCACUACGACGACCCGGGCAAGGGCAACUACUGGAUGCUGGACCCGUCGAGCGACGACGUGUUCAUCGGCGGCACCACGGGCAAGCUGCGGCGCCGCUCCACCACGUCGCGGGCCAAGCUGGCCUUCAAGCGCGGGGCGCGCCUCACCUCCACCGGCCUCACCUUCAUGGACCGCGCCGGCUCCCUCUACUGGCCCAUGUCUCCCUUCCUGUCCCUGCACCACCCCCGCGCCAGCAGCACUUUGAGUUACAACGGCACCACGUCGGCCUACCCCAGCCACCCCAUGCCCUACAGCUCCGUGUUGACUCAGAACUCGCUGGGCAACAACCACUCCUUCUCCACGGCCAACGGGCUGAGCGUAGACCGGCUGGUCAACGGGGAGAUCCCCUACGCCACGCACCACCUCACGGCCGCCGCGCUCGCCGCCUCGGUGCCCUGCGGCCUCUCGGUGCCCUGCUCCGGGACCUACUCCCUCAACCCCUGUUCGGUCAACCUGCUCGCGGGCCAGACCAGUUACUUUUUCCCCCACGUCCCGCACCCGUCAAUGACUUCGCAGAGCAGCACGUCCAUGAGCGCCCGGGCCGCGUCUUCGUCCACGUCUCCUCAGGCCCCCUCGACCCUGCCCUGUGAGUCUUUAAGACCCUCUUUGCCAAGUUUCACCACGGGACUGUCCGGGGGACUGUCUGAUUAUUUCACACAUCAAAAUCAGGGGUCUUCUUCCAACCCUUUAAUACAUUAACAUCCCUGGGACCAGACUGUAAGUGAACGUUUUACACACAUUUGCAUUGUAAAUGAUAAUUAAAAAAAUAAGUCCAGGUAUUUUUUAUUAAGCCCCCCCCCCAUUUCUGUACGUUUGUUCAGUCUUUAGGGUUGUUUAUUAUUCUAACAAGGUGUGGAGUGUCAGCGAGGUGCAAUGUGGGGAGAAUACAUUGUAGAAUAUAAGGUUUGGAAGUCAAAAUUAUAGUAGAAUGUGUAUCUAAAUAGUGACUGCUUUGCCAUUUUCAUUCAAACCUGACAAGUCUAUCCUUAAGAGCCGCCAGAUUUCCAUGUGUGCAGUAUUAUAAAUUAUCAUGGAUCUUUAUGGUGGACGCAGACCUUGAGAACAACCUAAAUUAUGGGGAGAGUUUUAAAAUGUUAAACUGUAAUUUGUAUUUAAGAAGCAUUCGUAGUAGAGGUGCCCAAGAAAUUAUUUUGGCCAUUUAUUGUUUUGUCCUUUUCUUUAAAAAGCUGUUUUUUUUUUUAAAUUUUGUUUACUUUUAGACCAAAGAUUGGGUUUUAGAAAAUGCACUUGGUAUACUAAGUAUUUAAAAAAAAAAAAAAAAGAAAGUUGUUUCAGUUGGCAGCACUGCCCAUUCAAAUGAAUCGGAAGGGGACAAAAUUAAUGAUUGCCUUCAUUUUGUGUUGUGUAUAUUUUGAUGUAUGUGGUCACUAACAGGUCACUUUUAUUUUUUCUAAAUGUAGUGAAAUGUUAAUACCUAUUGUACUUAUAGGUAAACCUUGCAAAUAUGUAACCUGUGUUGCGCAGAUGCCGCAUAAAUUUGAGUGAUUGUUAAUGUUGUCUUAAAAUUUCUUGAUUGUGAUACUGUGGUCAUAUGCCCGUGUUUGUCACUUACAAAAAUGUUUACUAUGAACACACAGAAAUAAAAAAAUAGGCUAAAUUCAUA